UGGUGUAUAAAAUAUUAUGCAAUGCUUCCUCUAUCGCAGUCUGUGAUUGACCAUUUAUAAGGACACAUCGAAGUUAUUUUUUUAGAUAUUCAACUAAGGACAAGAUGUCGGUGUUGAAGUCCAUAGUUGUGUUUUUAGUGUCAAUGAUACUGGUACAAACGAGUGCCCAGGUUAUGUUCCCAGGGGGUUGUCCCAACAUCGAAGCUAUUACUAACUUUGAGCCAGCACGGUAUCUGGGGACAUGGUACGAAGCUGAAAAAUAUUUUGCGAUAUUUGAGCUAGGAGGCAAGUGUAUCUCGGCCAAAUACACUGAUAAUGGUAACGGGGUUAUCGGCGUUUACAAUAAACAAGUGAACUCCAACUUUUUAAAACUUUUCAGAGGUGCGAAGUCCGGAAUAGUUGGUGAGGCGAAGCUGACAGGACCACCAAACGUCGCCAAGCUUAGUGUGCGCUUCCCGUCUCUUCCUGUCGACAUCCCGGCGCCAUAUUGGGUCAUAGACACAGAUUAUGACAACUACGCUUUAGUAUGGAGUUGCACAAACCUGGGUGUCAUGCAUUCAGAAACCUCCUGGAUCCUGACAAGGGAAAGAAAUCCACCACAAAGUGUUUUAGACAGAGUAUACGCUGCCAUCGAGAAGAAUAAGAUUGAUAAAACUCACUAUAUAAAGACCGAUCAAAGCAACUGUCCCAAUGACGCCUAGUUAUUUCACUAUUAAUUACGAUUAAGUAGGGGCUACUUUGUAAAGUUAUUAUAAUAUACAUUAGAGAUAGUACAAGAAAACGUUUGAUAACAUGCAAAUGAUAUGAAUAUUCAUGUUACCAUGAUUACCAUUUCAAAUUGGUGAAAUAUUUAAACCAAACAUGGCAUCUUUACUCCACAUUUUAAAAGACUGUAUGUACAUUAUAUAUCACCAAAUAAAAAUAAAAAAGUAAUAAUUGUAAUUUUCGAAACCCUGAUGUAUUACAACAAUUAAUUUAUAUAUGAAACAGUAAUAAAGGAAAUAGUGUUUUUUUUGUUUUACAAACCAAAUAUAUUCGGCUUACCAACUAUCAGCCGACCUUAAAGCGACGUGAUGCUUAUCUCCUACAAAAUUUUACUAGGAGAGUUUAGUAACUACUCUUCAUGUUUGCAUAUUAAUUGUGCUUAUGAUGUAUAUAUUUGCCGAUAUUACUGCUAAAAGGUAAUUUCAAGUAAAAUUAUACAAAUUGUUUUAAUAAAAGCAACGGUAACAUACUUA